UUUUUCCUGAAAGACCGCGUAUUGAAAUCCAACCACCCAUCACCAGAAGCAGCAGCUUCCCAACCCCUUCGGACGACCCAAACACACUCCCCCUUCUAUAAGUAGGAAGGACUCCACUUUCCACUCUUCUCAGACAUCAUACAGAGAGCCAUAAAAACAAGAAGAGUAAGACGAAUAAGAAGAAGGAAAAAAAAAAAAAAAACAGAGAGAGAGAGAGAUGGAUUCUCGCAUGGGUUUGAUUGGAUUAGUGCAAAUUGCUUUGGUUGUUGUAGCUGCUUUGCUUCAGUGCACAGCUGCAGCGACUACACAUGUAGUCGGUGACAGCACGGGAUGGGCGAUCCCUUCAGGAGGAGGCGCUCAGUUCUACAUCAACUGGGCCAACGGCAAGACCUUCAGGGUCGGCGACACUCUAUCCUUUGCUUUCACUGCUCAGCAACAUGAUGUGGCUGAAGUGACAAAGGCGGAGUAUGAUGCCUGCACAUCCACGAACCCCAUCGGUUCGAUUCUCACUACAAGCCCUGCAAACGUUACGCUCAACACCACAGGCAGCCACUACUAUAUCUGCGCAGUCUCCGGACACUGUGCAGCGGGCCAGAAGCUAACUGUUAAUGUCAUUCCUUCCAGCACCACUGCCCCUUCAUCCCCGCCCGUGGUCCCCCCUACCCCUCCGCCAGCUCCCAGGGUUUCCCCCAAAGGCCCUUCACCCUCACCGUCACCCAUACGUCCCCCGAUGGGCCCUUCACCUUCACCUACUUCCCCCUCACCCGUUGCCCCUUCUGGCCCUUCACCCCCACCAACGUCUCCCACCAACCCUUCACCUGCACCCAUGGCUCCAACUGGCACUCCACCCCCUCCCAUGGCUCCAACUGGCACUCCACCGGCUCCAACUGGUCCUUCCUCCCCACCAGGUGGACCGACUGGCUCUCCUCCCCCACCCGCAACAGGUGGACCCCCAGCCCCCAGCUCUGCCUUCUCUCUGACAGCCAGCUUCAGAUCUGUGGGCUUCUCUAUUGCCAUCUUGUUGAUCUCCUUCCUUUAGAUGCCCCAUCUAUAUUCUCAGAGUCUACACCACAACCACCGAUUUCUGUGUAUUUUGAGAAAGUUCUUCUGAGCAUAGCGCCCUCUGUAAUGGCAUAUAGACUUACAUGAAUUUAUUGAUGUUCUUCAAUUUCA